GUAGGGCACUGCUUGAUUUUCAAUGCAAUGCGCCAAUGCAAAGGCUUGGUAGGCGAUACGUAAAAUCUAUUUUUCUCAUUUUCAAUUUCUACGUUUAGGUACCAACAUUUGUUGUUAACUUUAUAAUAUUAAUAAUAAUUUAAUAGUAUUACCAAAAAAAUUCAAAAUGGUUAUGCCAGGAAUGACUCUAGAUAGCUUGAAAAAACACAAGUCCUUAAUCCCAUUGUUUCUUUGUCUGGGUAUUGGAAUGGCUGGUGCUGGUUUCUAUUUGACUCGAUUGGCAAUGAAAAGCCCAGAAGUGACAUGGCAUCCAAAGAAAAAUCAAGAGCCGUGGGAAGCAUAUAAAGAAAAAACCUACAAAUUUUAUUCUACUACAUCAGAUCCUCCAGUCAGCCCAGCUCCUAAAUAUUAGAAAUUCACCAACAUCAAUAUUGUUUGAUCGGUUAUAUAAAAUGAACAUAGUGUUAUGAAUUUUUUUUUUGCUGUGUUUUCUAUAUUAAAUAAAGAAUUGAUGUCAAAUGUACUUAGA